AUAAGUCAAGCAUUCGUGGAUUGAAACAGCAGCAAGUUUAUUGAUAGAAAAAUGGAAGAGAAAAUGUUGAAAUGAGGACACUGGUUUCUUGGUUUGGUCCAUUAUCGAUCAUCAUCAGUUCCCUAGCUCUAUUCAAUGGCUGCGUCAAACAGUGACAAACACUUUGAAGUUGAGGAAGCGGAGACUGUCAAUGUCCCUCCUCCUGCAGAGAAGUUACUUGUGUUGGGUGGGAAUGGAUUUAUUGGCUCACAUAUUUGUAAAGAAGCUGUAGACCGUGGUUUGUCUGUUGCAAGCGUGAGCAGAUCUGGUCGAUCAUCCAUAAAGGAUUCAUGGGCUAGUAACGUGACUUGGCAUCAAGGAGACCUUCUAUCACCUGGUUCUUGGGAGGAUGCUUUGAAUGGAGUCACUUCUGUGAUCUCUUGUGUCGGUGGCUUGGGCCCCAAUUCGCACAUGUAUGAGAUCAACGGGACUGCAAAUAUUAAUGCAAUUAGAGCUGCUUCAGAAAAAGGUGUGAAAAGAUUUGUCUACAUUUCUUCUGCAAGUGCAAUAAAGGAGAAAGGGAUAAAGAAGAAAGGGACCCAUUUAUUUUCCCCUUUAUUUCGUGGAUAUUACGAGGGAAAGAGAGCUACUCAAGUGGAGCUACUAACUAAAUUCCCUCAUGGAGGAGUGAUUUUGGGGCCUGGAUUCGUUUAUGGAACUCGCCGUAUUGGAAGCAUAAAAUUACCUCUGGGUGUUAUUGGUUAUCCAGUGGAGACGGUUCUCCAAUGCGCGAAACCUCUGAGAAAAUUGCCUCUGGUGGGGCCUCUGUUCAAUCCUCCUAUUAAUGUUACUUUCGUGGCAAAGGCUGCUCUUAGAGCGGCUACUGAUCCUGCCUUCCCUCCUGGCGCUGUUGAUCUCGACGAAAUUCAACGUUAUAGCAAGGAGAAGUUUUAGAUCCAUGUCCUGGUUUCUCUUUCUUUUCAGUUUAUCAAACACUACAGCUAUGUAACA